AUGGAUUCAGUUGUGGUAAUUGCCGAGCAAAAAAAAAAAUUCACUGAUCGCCUCUCUUCUCUCUACACACGAACAUUCAUCAUGAAUCAAGAAUACAAUAAAACACCUCCAACACCAAAGGCUUCGUUAUUGUUGAUGGAAGAUAACUUAUGCAAGAGAGGAUCAGAGAUCGCAAGAAACUCAUCGGUGGGGAUUUCUUCUAGAAUCUUCUACUAUUACCAUCAUCGGAGUCUCGACGACGGAGUUCCUUUCAAGUGGGAGAUGCAGCCAGGAACUCCGAUCAAUCCUCCACCGGAAGAACUCGUUCCUCCGAUUACACCUCCUCCGGCACUUCUCAGCCGUAGCUUCACUAAACCCUCCUUCGGAGAAUCUCAUAAACAUUCUUUUUUUCCGGCGAAUAUUCUUAAGCUUUGGAAAUGGAAAAAUCUUCGUAAGAGAUGUUUCUCUAAAUGGUCAAGCCAAAACAUGCUUAGUCGAGAUUAUAAUAAUGCUCGUGACGGUGGUUCAAGUUCUUGUGGUGAACUGGAGAGAUUUGAGGAGUCUGAGGAUUACAGGCUGAGCUCUUCUUCUUCAUCAUCGUCAUCUUCCUCGAAAGAUCGGAGAUUGAUAAAAGCUUCACCACGUCAAUGGUUUAGCGGUUGCCCAUCUCGGAAUUCAAGGAACAGUCAUAACAGGUUUUGA